UUGGGCAUUUUUGCCCUAAACAACGCUGCAGAUCGCAUAUUAAUUUAAUUAAUUUUCUUUUACUGCUGUUUAUUCAGUUUUCCUUCUGGGCCGGAGAUGGCGAAGCAGCCUAUAAAGAUUGAUUGGGAGACGGUGCUUCCUGAGAUGCGCGACAACGGCCCGCCUCUGGAAGUCGAAGUGGUCGCAAUGGUGGCGUCGGAGGUUUCGGAUGUUGCGAAUCUCGCUGAUCAUGCGUUGCUGGAAUCGAUUCAGCGGUUGAAGAAGCACCUUUCGUCGGAGAUUAGGAGUCGGCUAAGUGACGGCGGCGCCAAGUUGAAGGCAUUGCUGUGCCAGAUGGAUGAGGAGCGCAAUCGGAGGGAUCGUGUUCGUGACCCCGAGGACACUGGAAGUUGCGAUGCUACCACUCAGUCAAAAAAUAUGGAGUACCCAGUUAAAGAUCACAGUGAAAAUCCUAUACAAUCGAAGUUUGCCUCUAAGUUUAUAGAGAAGUUAGAAGGAAAGGCAGAUGCUGCAUUUGAUGAGGACUUGAAUGUUAUCAAUCAAGGCAAGGCCAAUGGCUAUGGGGAAAAUGAGCUACACAAGAAUGAGAGAGGUCAUCGGUUUAUAAUCACUUCACAGAAAACUAAACAUUCUUCAAAGCAAACACCUUUCAAAUGUGUUGGUAGAUUUAAGUUGAGGUCCUUUAGUGAUGAGCAUGAGGAUCCGUGUUCUUCCCGUCGUCCUAAAGAGAAUUAUUACAAUUACAAACGGAAGAGGAUGAGUGCCCCAGACACUAAGAUUAGGAAUUUAGUGUCAACGAGUUUAGAAAAGGUUAAUAAAGUUGUUCUUUUGGAUGAAGAAGAAAUUCACCCUGUACAGACAUCAGAAGAUGGCUCUGAUAAAUGGAAGAUGGCGAUUGUUUAUUACCCUUCAAGGGAGGAUCCUGAAUCUGUACAGCUUUCUUACUCAGAUAUAGCAUGUCUAGAGCCUAAAUCAUACUUGACAUCUUCGAUAAUGAAUUUUUACAUUCGGUAUCUGCAGAUGUCCCUGUCCUUGGUUGAUAGACCAAAAGAACGCUAUCAUUUUUUCAAUACAUACUUUUACAAGAAACUUGAGGAAGCAAUUUCGCCUAAGGCUAACAAGGAAUUUGAGAAACUGAGGAGAUGGUGGAAAGGUGUUAACAUAUUUCAAAAGUCUUACAUCUUCAUUCCUGUUCACCGAGAUAUGCACUGGAGUUUGGUGAUUAUCUGUAUUCCUGCAAAAGAAGAUGAAUCGGGUCCAAUUGUCCUUCAUUUGGAUUCAUUAGGCAUUCACAGUAGCCAUUUAAUAUUUGAGGUCAUUGACCGAUAUUUGAAAGAGGAAUGGAGUUACAUGAAUCAAAACUCUCCUCUCCAAGAUCUUCCUUUUACAGAUAAGAUACGGAAAAACUUUUCGUGCAGAAUUGACUACAAAACAAUAACAGUACCCCAGCAGAAAAAUGAAUAUGACUGUGGUCUUUUUGUGCUCUACUUCAUGAAGAAGUUUAUUGAAGACACACCUGAAAGAUUUAGAAGGAAAUAUCUCUCUAUGUUUGGUAGCAAGUGGUUCAAAUCCGAGGAAGCUUCUGGAUUGAGGAAACAGAUUCAAGGUCUGGUUCUUGAAGUAUUUGGCUCUGCUAUGACUGAGAACGAUAAAGCAGAAUCAGCAUGUUGCCAUGAGUCACCUGAAGAUGUUUGUCUGCAAUGAUUUGAUCCCUUUCCAACUCAAUGUACUAGUGACAUUGCUGAACCUGCCAGAAGUUCGCUUUGCAGAGUGUGAAGUUAAACAGAAUACUGAUCGGACCUCAAAUUAAAGUAGAAAAUCUCUCUCUAUAAUAGGCCUUAAACAUGCCAUUGAACGAGCUCUAAUAUUGGUGAAAUGAGGGUCUUUAUCAUCCAGAGAUGCAGAUUCUACUAUCAAUUUUGCACUAUUUCGUUUGCUUCACUGUAUGCUUUGUAGCUUGUGAACACAGAAUUGUAUAUAUCUUUAUACACAUUUUGUAGCUGCAGUGUCAAUCGGGAUGCCAAGCUUGAUCAGUGUGUUUCCUGCUCUUCUAAUUUUGUGUUUGAGACCCAUUUUUUCUUAGAUCAAUUUAGUUUGUGUCAAUUGACCAAUUUAUGGAGAUUUGAAUUUUGAUUUUUAAA